AUGGUGGAAUGGUUGCAGAGGACGGAAGACGCCAAAAAAGGGGAAUGGACGCGGACACUAAUUCAUGACGUACGAGGCUGGGUGAUGAGGAGACAUGGGAGCAUGGACUUCCAUCUCGCUCAAGUAUUAUCUGGGCAUGGCUGCUUCAGUUAUUACACCCACCGAAUAGGGAAAAAAGAGGAGCCAAACUGUAGGCACUGUCCAUCAACUCUAGACAACGCGCACCACACGCUGGUUGAAUGUAGGGCAUGGGCAGCUGAAAGAGAGGAGUUAGAAGCAGAGAUCGGCCAGUUGGACAUCGGCACUCUGAUCGGGAAGAUGCUCAGCAACACUCAGGCUUGGGAAGCAGUGUCCGCAUUCACGAAACGGACGAUGAAGCAAAAGGAGGCGUUGGAGAGUGCCCAGCAGCUGGAAGAGAGGAACAUGACAAACUAG